GCACGGAGGUCUCCUGGAGCACCUACGUCAAGUGCCAGGCAUGCGAGGAGCGCCCCGCGGCGAGGGAGGCGGCCCUCAGGGCUGGCUGGAGGGCUGCAGCGGCAGAGCCUGCCCGGGCACCCGCAAUCAGGGCCGCCCUCCAGCUGUGGGGGGAGCUCGUCUCGGAGCACCCCGGAGCUUUGGGGGACACGCCCGCUUUCCGCUGGGGACCCCGCUUCAAGGAGGUGUUCGCGGGAACCGCGGAGGUGACCCGCGCGGUGGAGCGGCUGGGCAUCCAGGCGGAUGAGCCCGUGGAGCUGUACCGGAACCCCCUGCACCCCAAGGAGUCGGAGAGGGGGGAGGGCCACGACCUCUCGAACCCCGACGUCGCCGAGGCCCUGGUCAAAGAGGCAGAUGCUCCCCCGGGCCCGGGAGUGGCCAACGCGUGGAUGUUCGAAAACCCGUGUACCUCCUUCUGCGACCACAACACCAAAGGGGGCACCCGCACCUGGGAGAAGCCGGAGGGGACCGGUGUAAACGGCAAGGAGGUCUUGGGAAACGCCCUCUCCCAGACCACGGUGAGGUGCAUGCGGAACCUUCAUAAAUGGAGGAAGGGAUGGAUCUUCGAGAACCAGGAGCAUAGAGGGAUAUAUCCCAAGGUCUACGACCUCCCAGAGUGGUUGGAAAUCCUGGAGGAGACCGGUGCCGUGAUCAUCCCGGGAACGAUGUGCGCCUGGGGCCUCCAUCCCUCAGACGCUUCGUCCCCCCACCAGUUCUAUCGCAAGGGGUGCUGGCUGGUCGUCUCCGCGAACCUGGCCCCCUUCUUCACGAAGAUCCGGAGACCCUGCCCCGGUCUCUCUCCGGUGCACCAGCACGUGGAACUCAGGGAUAACGUCCCAGGGACGGGCAUCAAACGGACAAGGGAAGCCGCCCAAUACCCCCCGCGCUUCGCCCUCGCCGUGGCGCUGGCCAUUUGGACGGACUGGGCGCAGGAGCUGUGCACCCAUUGUGCGGACAACCCCGAGUACUCCCCCGAAGUUGUGAAGGAGGGGGCCCGACUCGGUGAUGGCCUAGUCCAGGCGGCGGGAGGCUGGAAUGAAGCAGUCGACUGCUACCGAGAGGCCUGGACGAGCCGGUGGGGGAACAACCUGGACGGGGUCUUCAAGGAGGAGCUAUGCGAGCUGCUCGACCCCGACCUCAGGAAUUACCUCCACCAGAUGGUGAAGGGCGGGGUUCCCGCCCGCCAACCGCUGGCCCAGGUUCGGGCCCCCUCCAAACCGCACAUGAGCGUGCAGGGGCACAUGGAGGAGGCGAUGGAGAAGUUGUGGAAG